CGAACCCAGCGCCCAGGGUCUGCGAAGGGCGGCGCGGCAACAUGGUGGCGCCCGGAGCUGGUGAGCCGCUGGAUGCGAAAAAUGAAAAGGCCCCAUUCGCUCAGCGCAUCGACCCGAUGCGGGACAAACUGACGCCAGCACAACUGCAUUUCAUGCGGCAGGUGCAGCUUGCCCAGUGGCAGAAGAUGAUGUCACAGCGGCGGACCCGAAACAUCGUGACCGGGCUUGGCAUCGGGGCGGUGGUGUUGGCUAUUUAUGGUUACACCUUCUACUCAGUAUCCCAGGAGCGUUUCCUAGAUGAACUGGAAGAUGAAGCCAAAGCUGCCCGCGCCCGAGCUCUUGAGAGAGCAUCAGGACCCUGAACUGGAUGAUCAUUGCAUAUCUUCAACCUGCUGGAUCCCUUUACAUGGUGGAUGGUGCCCCAGGACCCUGUAGAAAUUGAUAUUUUGCUCACAGCAUCAUUGGGCCCACUUACUAACUUUGGAGCAUGUUUUGUCCAAGAAGCCAGAGACUGUGCAUUGUUGGCCACUACCAACAGACAUUUCCCAUUUCCCAUGCACUGUACUACUAGAGUCCGCUCCUUUGUUUCUUGUUUGAAAGGUGUGCAACCUUAGCUCCGUAACUUUCUGCCUUUGUGAUUUACUCCAUUUUUCUCCCAGGGGCCCAACUGUAACGGGAGUGGGUGUGGCAAUUUUGGGGCAGUGGUUGGAGUAUAAAAUGGGAAAGACAGGGUCAAGUUAAGAAUAAUAAACUGAGUCAUAUCUCCUGAA